UUGAAAAUGAAACAGAAUAUCUCCUUGAUAAAUUUAAUAAUUCGUUUAUUAAAAAUCAUCAAAAUAGAAAUAAAUUACCAGAAAAUGAAAAAAAAAUAGUCGAAAAGAAACAGAGAGAUUUCAUACUUCGAUGUUUAGAAUCACAUGUUGACAAAUUAUCAGAAAUUUUUGCUUAUUGGGCAGCGUAUUAUUUAGAACAAGGUUACGGUAUUGAAUAUACUGAUGAUAAUGAAAAACAAAAAGAUAAAAAAAGAAGUAUUGAGUUGUAUAAAGAUGCUGCUGAUAGAUUACAUCCCGAUUCCACAGUUCGUUAUGCGGUACAUUUAAUGUCUAAUUUUAACAAAAUUGAUGAAGAAGAAAUAAAGAUUAAACAUAGACAAGAUAUUCUUCAUUAUCUCCAUAUAGCAGCUGACCGAGGACAUUCCGAUGCUUACUUUUAUCUGGGUGAUAUUUUUUGUUAUGGUAAGCUUGGAGUUAAUAAAGAAAUAGGAUUGGGAAAGGCAUAUUUAGAAACUGCUAUUGGAUCAGGUAACGAAAAAGCAAAUGAUAAAUUAAUUAAAUUUAUUAAAGAAUCACAUGAAAGCCACGCUAAUUUAGAAAACGAAAAUGAUGAUUUAAAAGAUGAGAUUGAGAAAUUGAAAAAUGAACUAGAGCAAAUAUUAAAAGAAUGA